UUCAAAUUAACAUGGUAAUCCUUAAUAUUCCUUCUCAUGCAGUAGUUCAUUGAGCUCUGCUCUUUACCAUAUUCUUCCUGAUAUUGUUCUUCUUCUUCUUCUUCUCAUGUGGGAAUCUCACAAACAUUAGAUUUUGUUUUCGUCUCAAAGAUGAUCCUCUCAACGGUGGAGAUCCAAACUAUGAGCUCACAUGCGAUCAUCUCAACCGCACCAUCCUCACUCUACUCUCUUAUAGCUACUACGUCUCCAAUAUCGCAUACUAAUGAAGUGGAAAUCUCUGUUUAUUGGCUUUUCAAUUGGAAAUGUGGUGAGAAAAUCGCAUCAAUUAAUAACUUGGCUAGCCUGUUUGGUGAUUUUGGUCAUCAUAAAUUUUAGUUGAAAAGGAAACUGAUAGAAAAUUGUUAAUGAAAUAAUUUAUAUAGUCAAUGAUCUCUUGGUAUAUAUAUAUAUAUAUGUGUGUGUGUGUUUUGCUGAAAAAAUGGGUUCAAAGGUUAGCUUAUUCAAAGUAAAAGCACUGGUGUGCUGAGAUAAUAAAUUCACUCUCAUGUACAUGUAUUAGAGUUUCAUUUUAAAAUAUUUUUAAAAAAAAUUUAUUUGCCAAUCAGGUUUGACUGAGGGCCCUCUACAAUUUCAAAUAUUUUUUUAAAAAUUUUAUUUGCCAACCAGCAGGUUUGACGGAAGGCCCUCUAUAGAUGAAUGAGUCAAUAACGCAAAGCUAUAACGUUAUAACAUGAUCAGCCUUGUAUAUAUAUAUAUAUAUAUAUAUGCGUUUCAUAGAGACGAUUAAAUACUUGUGCGAUCGAGUUGUAACAAAUAUUGAAAGAGAAAGACAUGGCUUGUUCUUCUGCUGCUGCAGCAGCUUUGCUCUCUGCCAUCCUCCUCCUGCUCUUGUUCUUCUUCUCUAGCACCACUCUUGUCUCGGCAGGAGAUCAUUGUCCCCCUUCAUCAUGUGGGAACCUCACAAACAUUAGAAAUCCUUUCCGUCUAAAAGGCGACCGUUCUGAAUGUGGUGAUCCAAACUAUGAGCUCACAUGUGAUCAUCUCAACCGCACCAUCCUCACUCUACUCUCCAACAACUAUUACGUCACCAAUAUCACAUACUACGACGAUUUAAUUGAGGAUUAUGUUGACUUCAAUAUACAAGUGAUGUAUGUUGGGAUGGAGAAGUCUAACAAUGGCAGCUGCAACCAUCUUCCCCUUCCGGCCGCUCCUCUCACAUUCUCUAGCCUGAAUACUAACAAGUACUACUACAUGGCAUACCAAUGGGCUACUUUGGUGAAUUGCUCAAAAGAAGUGAAGAACAAGUCCAUGCAUCACUACUACUAUGACUACGCCUAUGAUGACUACUACUACAAGCCUGUGCCUUGCUUGAGCCACAACAACUCCUUCAUCUAUCUCAUCGGUGGUUAUGACGAAACAUAUGCAGUUAGCAACCUUAUGCCUUCCUGCCAAUAUCUUGCCAUGUUUCCUGACAAUUAUAAUUAUCAUAUUCAUUUGAACUGGUCAGAUCCACAACCAGUGGACAUAUUCGAGUUUUUAGGCCAGGGGUUCACCCUCUUUCCCACGAUUAGAAGCUCAAAAUCCAUCCGACAUUGCUUAAGAACGUCCUUAAGGGAAAAUCAUCAGUAUAUCACUGAUGAUAACACUCAUGAGAACACUGCAAUUAUACACAAGAUUCACGCAAUUGUAUUUGGAAUAGAGUCACGUUUUCUCGGUUGCAUAGAAGUCUAUGACCAUAAUCGAAAGCAUUACUAUUUUGUGAUGUCAAUUAUAUAUGUCGUUGUGAUAUUGUUGCAAAUUGCUAAAGCGCUGCUAGUGUUUGCAGUGCUGGGAAGAUGUGUGUUUGCUCCACUAACUGUAUAUGCUUUUCUUUCUUACCAAUUGUACCAAAUAAUGUCAUCUGUUGAUAAUGUGGAAAAAUUCUUGAGGAACCAACAAGCUCUUGUACCAACUCGAUAUUCAUACGACAUCAUUACCAUGACCAACAACUUCAAGGAGAAGCUAGGCCAAGGUGGAUUUGGUUCUGUUUUUAAAGGCCGGCUUCCUUGGGACAGGCUUGUUGCUAUCAAGAUGUUGACAAAUUCUAAGUACAAUACUGGUGAAGAUUUCAUGAAUGAAGUUUCGACCAUUGGUAGGAUUCACCAUAUAAGCGUGAGUGAAACUAAUUGGCUUUUUGUUCGGAUCGAUGCGCAAAGAGCUCUAGUGUAUGAGUACAUGCCUAAUGGCUCCCUUGAUAAAUUUAUCUUCUCAACCAAGAAUGGCCCAAAUCACAAAUUCUCUCUAGACAAACUAAUUGACAUCGCAUUGGGAGUUGCUCGAGGACUUGAUUAUCUCCACAAAGGAUGCGAUAUGCAAAUUCUUCAUUUUGACAUCAAACCACAUAACAUUCUCUUAGAUCAGAACUUCAAUCCAAAGCUUUCUGAUUUCGGCCUUGCAAAACUAUAUCCAAAGAACAAUAGCUUGGUAUCACUCAGUAUUGCAAGAGGAACUAUAGGAUAUAUUGCUCCAGAGCUCAUAUCGCGAAGUUUUGGUGUUGUCUCUCACAAGUGUGAUGUUUAUAGUUUUGGUAUGCUACUCUUAGAAAUGGCUGGUGGGAGAAGGAAUUCAGAUCUAAGAGCAGAAAAUACAAGCCAAGUUUAUUAUCCUUCUUGGAUUUAUGAUAAACUUGUUGAUAAUACAAUUGAGGAUAAUGUGGUAGAAAUGGAUACAAGCAUUGCGAUUGAUGAAAGAGAGAAGAAAUUAUGCAUGGUAGGCUUGUGGUGCAUACAGAUAAGGUCAUCAGAUCGGCCUUCCAUGUGCAAAGUGAUAGAAAUGUUAGAAGGUGAUGUUAGUAGCUUGCAGAUGCCACCCAAGCCAUUCUUUUCAGAACCGACUCAAAUACCUUCAAAGGUGUCAUACUUAAACACCGAUGAUGGCGAACUGACUACCAUUUCUGAAGAUAUUGAUAACUUAAAUUAACGAGAUUUUUUUUUAGUAUUGUAUGGUUAUUAGUGCUUUGUGAUCUUAUAAAAACAUGUAAUUAGAAACAAUAACAUAUGUAUUGACUAGUUUAUAAACUAAUAUUAUAAAAGUAUUAAUUUAAUUA